AAAAAAAAAAAAUUAAUCCAUUAAUACAACUUCAAAAUCAUUUUUAAGUCAACCCUAAAUACCUCAUCAGAUCAACACGGUUCUUGAUUUUUCAGUGUCUGAUUAAAUCUUCACCAUUCUUUCCACAAUCCAGUUUCCCUAUUUGAUAAAUAAAGAUUCAAUUUUUAUUUUUUGAUUGAUCAUGUCAGCAAGAAAUUCUUCCUACACAAUCCCUAACCAAUGCAAGCAUCUGCUUAAUUACAAGUCCAAACACGGCGUAACGGGUUACAAUUCGAUCAAAGAUUUACUGAAAUUCAGCCCAUACGGCGGCGCAAAGAUCGACAAGUGCGAAUCAGAGAUGCCCAGAUGCAGUGUCUGUCCUAGCCACCACCACCACCACCGCCGCCACCACCGCCGCGGUGGCAGAUUCUUCAUGUGUUUGAUCUGUUCCUCAGUGAUAUGUUGUAAAACCCCCCAAUCAGAUCACACCCUUUUGCACAGUGAAUCGUUACCCGGCCACGAUAUAUAUAUCGAUAUCGAAAGGGCCGAGCUUUACUGCAGCGUGUGCUGCGAUCAAAUCUACGAUCCCGAAUUCGACAAUGCGGUUGUGAGCAAACAGUUGAUGGGAUUGCCAAGAAUCGGAAACGGGCUUUCGGGAAACGGUGAAUCGAGGUUUAGUAAGAGGAAAAGAUUGGAUUUUGGAGGUGGCGGUGGCGGAUUCGAUUCGGAAAAUGAGAGGAGAUCGGUUGUUUUGAGGUGGAAGAAGAAAUCGAAGUCGUGUGUUCCGUUGGGGUUGAGGGGUUUGAAUAAUCUCGGCAGCACUUGUUUUAUGAUUCCGGGGUUGCAGGGGUUGAUUCAUGCCCCCGCCUUUGAGGGGAUUACUUUCUUUAGGCGAUCAGCAUAGUCACGAGGAGCUGCAGGAAAAGCUCCCGACGAUCCGUUUGUGUUUUGCCUUGGCGACGAGAUGUUUAUUUUUUCGGCUGUUUUUUCGGGUGAAAAGGCGCCUUAUAGUCCUGCUAAGUUUCUUUACAGCUGGUGGCAGCAUUCGGAGAAUCUUGCUAGUUACGAGCAGCAAGAUGCGCACGAGUUCUUUAUUUCAGUGCUCGAUGGGAUUCACAAAAAAUUGGGCAAAGCUAGUCUGGCAUUUAAAGAAAACGAGGAUUGCCAGUGUAUUGCUCAUAGGGUUUUCUCGGGGCUGUUAAGAUCCGACGUCACUUGUACAUCAUGUGGAUUUACUUCCUCAACUUACGAUCCAUUUCUCGACAUUUCUCUCGACUUAAACACGGGCCCCACCGAUAUACCCACAAAGGCAAAGAAAAUGACCGAAAAGCCCUCAGCAGAAUCCUCUCUCGCAGGUUGCUUAGAACUCUUCACCAGACCGGAAAAGUUAGGAUCAGACCAAAAGCUAUACUGCGAAAACUGUCAGCAAAAACAAGAUUCUUUAAAGCAAAUGUCCCUCAGGAAACUUCCACUGGUAUUAUGCUUGCACAUAAAAAGAUUUGAGCAUUCUUCAAUUCGAAAAAUGUCGAGAAAAAUCGACCGCCAUUUGCAGUUCCCAUUCUCCUUGGACAUGAGGCCUUAUUUAUCCUCUUCGAUAGUGAAAAAAAGAUUCGGGAAUAGAAUAUUCUCCUUCGAGGGCGAGGAAACGGAUAUUCCGACAGAGUACGAGGUUUUUGCUGUGGUGACUCAUUCUGGGAUGUUGGAAUCCGGACAUUACGUGACUUACUUACGUUUGAGGAACCGGUGGUACAAAUGUGACGACGCUUGGAUAAACGAAGUGGACGAAGAGGUCGUCAGAGCAUUGCAGUGCUACUUGAUUUUCUACGUGCAGAAAGUGUUGUACCAUAAAGGGAUCGAGGAUGUUAGCUGUCAGCCUCUAUCGGUGCUAAAAGACCCUUUUGUCCCUAUAGCUGGCUGUUGCUAGAUUUACGGUUUCUUGAGGUGAAACACGCGUGGAAGCUUUCUUAGCUGCUUUGGAGAUUGGCGAGGGUGAAUUGGGUAUUUUCCCCAGCCGAGUGGAUUGAAUUGAAUCGGUCGAGAACAGAUUCGCGGAUAUAAAAAUUGGAUGAGGGGAGAGUACUUGAAAAGACGAAAUCGCCCUUGGAAGUGUGUGGUUUGAGUUUCUUGUUUCUUGGCUUCUCAGCCUUUUUCGUAUCGGUAUUUUGCUGAGAAUUGAAGCUAAUAAUAAUAUAUGGAUGGAUCACUGUUUUGACAACAUUUA